AUGGCGGGGGACCGGGAGGCGGCGGCAUCGGCAGCGGCGGCGGCCAAGGCGAGGAAGAAGACGCGCCCCCAGCGGUACUGGGAAGGAGAGCCGGGCGGUGCAGCGCCCGAGCGGGCUGGAGCUGCUGCCCCGAAGGAGCCCCGGCCGGAUGGGGCACCCGGGACGAAGACGGCGAGGCCGGGCUGCCGGCGCCGGAUCUCGGGGGGGACGGAUCCCUUUCCCGGCGCAGCCCCCAUCUGCUCCGAACGGCUGAAGAAGUUCCGGCGAGGGCCCUCGGGAGUGCUGGGCACGGCCUCGGGCAAGCGGCUCCGGCACCAGCUGGCACUGCAGGAGGAGCGUGCGGAGGCUGCCGCCGAGCAGGCGGCCCGGAGGGAGCUGCUGCUCCUGGAGGAGCCUGGGUUUCUGGAAGGCGAGGACGGAGAAGACACCUGCACCAUCUCCCAGGCGGACAUCGCCGAGGCGGUCGACCUGGCCGCCGGUGCCAAGCAUUUUGAGCUGAGGCUGGAGCAGUUUGGCCCGUACAGGAUCAGCUACACCCGCAACGGGAGGCAUCUGCUCCUGGGCGGGCGCCGGGGCCACGUGGCGGCCCUCGACUGGCACACGAAGGCCUUGCUGUGCGAGAUCAACGUCAUGGAGUCCAUCGCCGACCUCACGUGGCUGCACACGGAGAGCAUGUUCGCCGUGGCCCAGCGCCAGUGGCUCUACGUCUACGACAACCAGGGCGUGGAGCUGAGCUGCCUGAAGCGCUUCCACGGCGUCCAGUGCAUGACCUUCCUGCCCUACCACUUCCUGCUGGCCACCGCGAGCGAGACGGGCUUCCUGCAGUACCUGGACGUCUCCGUGGGCAAGGAGGUGGCCGCCAUCUGCACCAAGGGGGGGCGCCUGGCCGUCAUGGCCCAGAACCCCUCCAGCGCCAUCGUCCACCUGGGGCACAGCAACGGUGUGGUGACGCUCUGGAGCCCCAGCGCCAGGGAGCCCCUCGUGCGGAUGCUGUGCCACCGCGGGCCCGUCCGGGCGGUGGCGGUCGAGGCCUCCGGGACCUACAUGGCCACCUCCGGCCCGGACCAGAAGCUUCACAUCUACGACCUGCGGACGUACCGGCGCCUCCACUCGCUGCUGCUGCCGACGGGCGCCGGGCACCUGGACUUCAGCCAGCGGGGGCUCCUGGGCGCCGCCUGCCAGGAUGUGGUCCAGGUGUACAAGGACGUCGUGGCCGGCCCGCCCCGGAAGCCCUACCUGUGCCACGCGCUGCCACGGCCCUCGCACGGCCUGCGCUUCUGCCCCUUCGAGGACGUGCUGGGCGCGGGCCACGGGGGCGGCUUCGUCAGCCUGCUCGUGCCAGGAGCCGGGGAGCCCAACUUCGACGCCCUGGAGAGCAACCCUUUCCGGAGCCGGAAGCAGCGGCAGGAGUGGGAAGUGAAGGCCCUGCUGGAAAAGAUCCCGGCCGAGCUGAUCGCCCUGGAUCCCGGGCAGCUGGGCGCCGUGGACAGCGUCUCCCUGGAGCAGCAGCGCAAGGAGCGUGCGGAGAGGCUGGGCUACGACCCCCUGGACAAGGGCAAGUUCUCCCCACGGCGGCGGCUGAAGGGGCGCGACUCGGCCGGCAGCCGGCUGAAGAGGAAGAAGGCGGUGGCGGCCCAGGACCGGCGGGUAGGUCUCCUGACGGGCGUCAGCCCUCCCCCUUGA